ACUUCCUCCGUCAGACCGGAAGCGGAAGUUGGGGCUGUGGCAGCGUGAGAAGAUGGCGGCCCGCGGUUCGUCGAAGCGUGGUGCGGGCGUUGGUGCGGCCCGAGGCUCCGACCCGCAGGAGGAGCCCCCGCCGCCCCUCCAGGCCGUGCUGGUCGCCGACAGCUUCAACCGCCGGUUCUUCCCUAUCUCCAAAGACCGUCCGCGGGCUCUUUUACCUAUGGCAAAUGUGGCCAUGAUUGAUUAUACCUUGGAGUUCCUAACAGCAACUGGAGUAGAAGAAACCUUUGUGUUCUGCUGUUGGAAGUCAGCUGAGAUAAAAGAGCAUUUACAAAAAUCCAAGUGGUGCCGUCACACCUCUCCCAACACGGUGCGCUUUGUGACUUCAGACCUGUACCGCUCCCUCGGUGAUGUGCUGAGAGAUGUCGAUGCCAAGUCCCUUGUUCGUUCUGACUUCAUUCUCGUCACUGGGGAUGUGGUAUCCAACCUCAAUAUAUCCAGAGCUUUGGAAGAGCACAAGUUACGUCGUAAGAUGGAAAAGAAUGUUUCUGUGAUGACGAUGAUUUUUAAGGAGUCCUCACCUGGUCACCAUGCCAGGUGCAAAGAGGAUGACAUUGUUAUUGCUAUGGACAGUGCCACAAACCGUGUCCUUCACUAUCAGAGAACCCAGGGGCUGAAACGCUUCCGCUUUCCUAUGAGUCUGUUUCAGAACUCUAUUGAGAAUGUUGAGGUGCGCCAUGACUUGCUGGAUUGUCACAUCAGCAUCUGUUCUCCACAGGUGGCUGAGCUUUUCACAGACAAUUUUGACUACCAGACACGAGAUGACUUUGUGCGUGGUCUGUUAGUGAACGAGGAGAUCCUGGGGAACCAAAUCCAUAUGCACGUAACGACAGAAGAGUAUGGUGCUCACAUAUGCAACCUACUAAUGUAUGAAGCUGUGUGCUCUGACAUCAUCAGGCGCUGGGUUUAUCCUUUGACUCCAGAGAUGAACUUCACUGAUGACAAGAAUCAGAAUUAUACCCAUUCUAAACACAACAUUUAUCGGGGAGAGGACGUUAGCCUCGGUCAUGGCAGCAUGCUGAAAGAGAACGUACUCAUUGGGCAGGGAACAGUCAUUGGCAGCAAUUGCUCAAUAAUGAACAGUGUUAUUGGGCAGAACUGUAGGAUAGGUGAUGAAGUCACUUUGGAUGGAGCUUUUCUUUGGGAUGGAGUACACAUAGCAGAUAAUGUGCAGAUCCACCAUUCUGUUAUCUGUGAUGAAGCUGAAGUGAAGGAGAAAGUGAAGCUGAAACCUCACUGUGUCCUCUCCUCACAGGUAGUUGUUGGUCCUGACAUCACUCUUUCAGAGGGCACAGUGAUCUCUCUACACCCACCAGAUGAGGAGGAGGAGGAUGACGACCAGUUCAGUGAUGAUUCUGGUGUGAACAAGGAGGAGAGCAAAGUGAAGCUGAAAGGUUACAACAAGAAGGAUGUAGGCUCAGAAGGCAGAGGCUACCUCUGGAAAGCAGAUGACAAAAAUGAGGAUGAUGAAGAGCAGAGACAGAGUCUAUGGGGCCCAGCUAUGUUUUCAGAAGAAGAGAGCGAGUCAGACAGCGACCUGAGCAUGGGCUCUGAGGAGCCAGACAGCCGGGCAGCAUCCCCUCAGCUAGAUGACAUCAAAGUUUUCCAGAAUGAGGUUCUGGGUACAUUACAGAGGGGUGAAGAAGAAAACAUUUCCUGUGAUAACCUAGUCUUGGAAAUCAACUCUCUCAAGUAUGCAUAUAACAUCAGUCUGAAUGAGAUGAUGCAGGUGCUCAGUAAAGUGAUUCUGGAGUUCCCAUUACAUCAGCUGGAUGCAAACCUGGACUCCCAGAAGUAUUUCUCAGCAUUACUUCCUCUGUUGAAGAACUGGACCCCGUUGUUUAAGAACUACAUAAAACGUUCGUCAGAUCACUUGAAUGCCUUAUUUGCCAUUGAGGAAUUCUUCUUGGAACACGACAGUCUUUGUACAUCAAUAGCUAAAGUGUUGAUGACAUUUUACCAGCUGGAAAUUCUGGAAGAAGAUGUAAUUCUCAACUGGUUCUCUCUGCGGGACACAUCUGACAAGGGAAAGCAGCUUCGUAAGAACCAGAGGCUUCAGAAGUUCAUCCAGUGGCUGGAGGAAGCAGAAGAAGAGUCGUCGGACGGCGACCAAGACUGACAUGGUGACUUGGCAUGAGAAGAGGCACUCACUGCCUUUCUGGGCUGAGUGGGCAGGGCAAGAUCAGUGCCAGUGCAUGGUGUGUAGAUGUGGGGCCUGACAUCAAAGUGACUGACAAUCCCAUCACUAAUUGUGUUGUGCAUUCCCAACUUUGCCACUUCCCUUCCUCUCUGCCUCCCUUGCUUGCCUAGUGGCACAUCGUGUUGGAUGGUUGCAGCACAGUAUAAAAAGAAUAAUGGGAAAAGCAGGAGGCAGUGACAUCUAGAAUCCCUGUGGAGCCUGGAUAGGGUAUAUUAUAAGCUAUGAUUUGGGAACUCCUUGUUACCAAUACAAAGGGAGCAAAUGGAUGCAAAUACAUACAACACUCUUGUAAAUCAAACUGUUUGGGUUGUGGAAGAGUGCGGCCAUACAGCCAAGUUACUGGGAAUCAUUAUUGCUUCUGGAGCUAAAAGAACUCCUGCUGAAGAGACGCUGGCAAGGUUGGUGAGUAGAAGCGUGUGGAUUAGGAUCUGGAGUGCAGGACUGGGAUUCGAGGGUUCCUGUGCCUUGAGAAGAUACAGUGAGUUGUCUCAGGAUGCCCAAGGCACUUUGCAGUCCAGAAGGUGUUUCUGUGAUCUUUAUGAAAGGGAAGAACCUCUUAUCAUCUGCUGUGCUAGAAUCUAAAGAGAAGUUGCACAGCAGAGUUGGUAAUACCACGUGUUUCCACCUUCUUUAGAACCACGGGAUGGCUGGUGUACACUCAGCUCCCCUUAUGGGGUUGGCUAAUAGCAGAUGCACAUUGCUCGGUGAAAUGCUGUACAGCUUAUUACAUCUUAGGUGCAAUCUGCCUUCUGCACAUCCCCAGCUUAGCAGACACAUUGUUUUAGAGGUGUCUGUUCCUUUGUUGGUUUGUUUCUUAAUACAAAGAGAGCAGAGAUGCCUGGCUCCUCCUGCUGCACAGCUACACUUGUGUUUUACUCUGUGGGCACCAGCUGGACCAGCUGCUUUCAGGAGCAGCCUCUGUUCAUAGGUGGAUGAUAAACUGGGUAUGCUGACCUUGCCUCUGCCCCUUCAGGAGGAGCGUGGAAUAAAGCCCAUGAGAGGGAGGGGGAACACGCACUGGAGCUGCCCACUCAGGAUCUUUACUUGGCCGUUCCACGGUGCCACUGAUGUCAGUGAGGGGACAGCGCUGGGUGCAGGAGGCCGGGGGUGCUGCCUCUUCAAACCGAUGCUGCAGGGCCGCCUUGUGCACUCAGUGUCACCAGGAUUGUGCACAAUAACUGCUUCUUUUCUGACAGUGCAAACUGAGCUUUGUAAACGUUGGGGGAACGGGGUCUGAGUUUUCUGUAUCGGCCAAUAUUGAAUUCAGGGAGCAAAUAAACCCGGUCCUGGUGAUGCUGGC